AUGGACGGUCCAGAUCAGAUUGGCCCCCAUCAUACGCCCAAGCGGAGAAUUAGCGACAAAGUCCGAUAUGCCGUUAAAACUUUCACUACACGAGAGGGCCUACUAGGCGACUACGACUAUGGAUACCUCUUUAUCCCACGGCUACCUUUCACAAAGCGAGCUCGCAAAUCUGCCCCGUUCUUCGGUCUGGAUGAUCGCGUGCCAGUCGUUCUCGCAUUGAUUCUGGGCUUGCAGCAUGCGCUUGCAAUGCUGGCUGGUGUGAUUUCACCACCCAUCUUGCUCGGCGGCUCAGGCGGUGCCCACUUCGGUGAUGAGCUCUACCAGUACCUAGUGUCGACUUCGUUGAUCGUCUCGGGCCUGCUGAGUGUCGUUCAAAUGUUCCGGUUUCAUAUCAAGGGGACAAAAUACUACAUCGGAACGGGACUACUAUCAGUCGUUGGCACAUCUUUCUCAACAAUCACAGUCGCUCAAGGUGCUUUCGCUCAGAUGCUACGGCGCACUCCUUGGCACCUCAUGUCUCUGCUCUCUUCUCGAAAUUGGCAUGUCCUUCAUGAGCAGCAAGAUUCUCGCCCGCGUCUUCCCCCACUUGUCACGGGCCCAACUGUUCUUCUCAUUGGUGCUUCGCUCAUCAAGUCCGCUAUGCAGGAUUGGGCCGGUGGCUCAUCCUGUGGUGCCGACCCUUCUGCUCGCGCAAUGUGCCCCAGCGCCAAUGCCCCGCACCCUCUACCCUGGGGAAGCCCCGAAUUUAUUGGCCUGGGUUUCCUGGUCUUCGUGACGAUUAUCAUCUGCGAGCGUUGGGGUCCUCCCAUUCUUAAGAGUUGCUCCGUCAUUGUUGGCUUGUUGGUUGGCUCGAUUGUCGCUGCCGCGUGCAACUACUUCGAUUCUUCCGGUAUCGCUGCUGCACCGGUGGCUUCUUUCGCUUGGGUCCACACUUUCCCGCUGUCCGUGUACCCCCCGCUCAUCCUGCCGUUGCUCGCGUUAUACAUCGUUAUCAUGAUGGAGUCUAUUGGUGAUAUCACGGCGACGUGUGAUGUCUCCCGUCUCGAGGUCGAGGGUGGUACCUUCGAUUCCCGAAUUCAAGGCGGAGUCUUGGGCAACGGUAUUACCUGUCUCCUGGCCGGCCUGAUGACCAUUAGCCCUAUGUCCGUCUUCGCACAGAACAACGGUGUCAUUGCGCUGACUAAAUGCGCUAACCGAACCGCUGGCUACUGCUGUUGCUUCUUCUUGGUUAUCAUGGGAAUUUUCUCCAAGUUCGCCGCUGCGCUGGUUGCAAUUCCCAGCUCCGUCCUUGGUGGUAUGACUGCUUUUCUCUUCAGCUCCGUGGCAGUCAGUGGUCUUCGCAUCAUUGGGUCUGUCGAUCCCACUCGUCGCAACCGGUUCAUUCUCACCGCUAGCUUCUCGAUUGGAAUGGGUGUUACACUCCUGCCGGAAUGGUUUUCUUACUUCUUCACCUACUCGGGUGACAACCAUGCUCUAGAAGGCUUGAUCAAUGCUGUUGAUCUGGUCAUGGAGAAUGGAUUCGCUAUCUGUGCGCUUCUUGGCAUCUUCCUUAACCUCUUCAUUCCUGACGAGCCUGAUGAUGUUCCUCCUAUCUUUGAGUCGACCGACUCUGAUGACGGCCGUGCACCGAUCAGUGGUCCUGAGCAGUCGUCGCCGGCUAUUAAGAGUGCUUGA